GGCGAGGCGAGGCUUGCUGAGGCGAAGCGGCGGCCGGGCCGGGCCGGGCCACAGGCGGUGGCGGCGGGACCAUGGAGGCGGGAGCCGCUGCUCCGCGUCGCCAGCUGCUUCUCCUCGUGCUGGCAGCGGCCGCCACGUUGCUCCCGAGGGCGACGGCACUACAGUGUUUCUGCCACCUCUGUACAAAAGAUAAUUUUACCUGUGUGACAGAUGGGCUUUGCUUUGUCUCUGUCACGGAGACCACAGACAAAGUUAUACAUAAUAGCAUGUGUAUAGCUGAAAUCGACCUAAUUCCUCGAGAUAGACCAUUUGUAUGUGCACCUUCUUCAAAAACUGGGUCUGUUACUACAACAUAUUGUUGCAAUCAGGACCACUGCAAUAAAAUAGAGCUCCCAACUACUGUAAAGCAGCCUCCUGGCCUUGGUCCCGUCGAGCUGGCAGCUGUCAUUGCUGGACCGGUCUGCUUCGUCUGCAUCUCACUCAUGUUGAUGGUCUAUAUCUGCCAUAACCGCACUGUCAUUCACCAUCGAGUGCCAAAUGAAGAGGAUCCUUCAUUAGAUCGCCCUUUUAUUUCAGAGGGUACUACAUUAAAAGAUUUAAUUUAUGAUAUGACAACAUCAGGGUCUGGAUCAGGUUUACCAUUGCUUGUUCAGAGAACAAUUGCAAGAACUAUUGUGUUACAAGAAAGUAUUGGCAAAGGUCGAUUUGGAGAAGUUUGGCGAGGAAAGUGGCGGGGAGAAGAAGUUGCCGUUAAGAUAUUCUCCUCAAGAGAAGAACGUUCAUGGUUCCGCGAGGCAGAAAUUUAUCAAACUGUAAUGUUGCGCCAUGAAAACAUCCUGGGAUUUAUAGCAGCAGACAAUAAAGAUAAUGGUACAUGGACUCAGCUCUGGCUGGUGUCAGAUUAUCAUGAGCAUGGAUCCCUUUUUGAUUACUUGAACAGAUAUACAGUUACUGUGGAAGGAAUGAUCAAACUCGCUCUGUCCACAGCAAGUGGUCUUGCCCAUCUUCACAUGGAGAUUGUUGGUACCCAAGGAAAACCAGCUAUUGCUCAUAGAGAUUUGAAAUCAAAGAAUAUCUUGGUGAAGAAGAAUGGAACAUGCUGUAUUGCAGACUUAGGACUGGCAGUAAGACAUGAUUCAGCCACAGAUACAAUUGAUAUUGCUCCAAACCACAGAGUGGGAACAAAAAGGUACAUGGCCCCUGAAGUUCUAGAUGAUUCCAUAAAUAUGAAACAUUUUGAAUCCUUCAAACGUGCUGACAUCUAUGCAAUGGGCUUAGUGUUCUGGGAAAUUGCUCGACGAUGUUCCAUUGGUGGAAUUCAUGAAGAUUACCAGCUGCCUUAUUAUGAUCUUGUACCUUCUGAUCCGUCAGUUGAAGAAAUGAGAAAAGUAGUUUGUGAACAGAAAUUAAGGCCAAAUAUUCCAAACAGAUGGCAGAGCUGUGAAGCCUUGAGAGUGAUGGCUAAAAUCAUGAGAGAAUGUUGGUAUGCCAAUGGAGCAGCUAGGCUGACAGCCUUACGGAUUAAGAAGACAUUGUCACAACUCAGUCAACAGGAAGGCAUCAAAAUGUAAUUCUACAGCUUUGCCUGAACUCUGCUUUUUUCUUCAGAUCUGCUCCUGGGUUCUCGUUUGGGAGGUCAAUUGUUCUACCUCACUGAGAGGGAACGGAAGGAUAUUGCUUCCUUUUGCAACAGUAUAUAAGAUUGAUUAAAAACUUCCCAGGAUUCUUUGGACCCAGGAAACAGCCACGUGGGUCCUUUCUGUGCACUAUGAACGAUUCUUUCCCAGGACAGUUAUAAAAUGUUGUGUAGUCUAUCUUUAUUUUUGAUUAACAAAACUUGUUUUUUUUUUUAAAGAAUAUUGCUGGUCUUAACUUUAGGUAACUCUGCUAUGCUGAAGAUCAUAUGUAAGGUUAAAGGAACUGGAUUGUUGGGUUAUAUGAAACAUUUCUUAUUUUUAAAGAAAGUGAUUUACUCCUGGUUAGUACAUUCUCAGAGGAUUCUGAACCACUAAAGAGUUUCCUUGAUUCAGACUUUGAAUGUACUGUUCUAUAAUUUUUCAGGAUCUUAAAACUAAUACUUAUAAAACUCUUGAGUCUAAAAAUGACCUCAUAUAGGGAUGAGGAACAUAAUUUAUGCAAUUGUAUUUUGUACACUGUUGUUCUUUCACAUAUUCAGAACAUUACAUGCCUUCAAAAGGGAUUGUACUAUACCAGUAAGUGCCACUUCUAUGUCUUUCAAAUGGAAAUGAGUAGAAUUGCUUAAAGUUUGUUUGCUAAAUCCUAUAGUGUUUGAAUUUAAAAAGUUUAUUUAUCUGGGUAACCCAAACCUUUUCUAUUUUGUUUUUUGGAAGGGUUUUUGUGAUAUGUCAUUGGGUAUUCCAUUUUGAAAAUGCCUUCUCCUACCAAAAUGUGCUUGAACCACUAAAGAAAUGCAGUGUCAUGAAAUCAGUUGUUCCAUGGUCAUGUUGGAGUAAUCUCACCUCUAGCUUUUGCAGUUGAGUUGUGUGGUCUGAGUGUACUUUAAACAUUCAAGCGGCACUCGAGAUGCUCACAGUGCUUUAACUUAAUCUUGAUAGCAUUCAGACUCAUUUUCUAUAAGGGAAAGUUUGUCUAGCUCUUGUGAGAAGUUGUGUGGUAUUCUGUAAGCCAUUUUGUUCUUUAUUUGAUCAAAGACAGUGUUAUUUUUUUAAGAAAUGAAUUACAUUUAAAUUAGAAUAUGGUUGAUGUUAAAUAAUAGACCUUUUUCUAGGAAGGCAAAUGUAGUUAAUAAUUUGAAUAGACAACAGAUGGGUACAACAAUCACAUUUGUUUUGUAGGUGUAAGUGUUCAGUGGAUUCCUGUUUUUGUGAGGUUAGAGUUAGUGUAGAUUGGAGGUCUCGCUACACUUUGAGGAAGGCAGCUUUUAAUUCAGUCUUUCCUUAUCUCAUACAUGCAGAUAUUGCAGCUGCUCAAUUUACAUGGUUAUAUAAUGAAUUCAGUGCACCUUGAUAUUGGGAGAGCUGAUAACUAAUGGACACUGAGUAGGUUUUCCAUUUACAGAUGUUUUCAGUCAAAUUAAAUGUUUAAAGUAAACUUUUCAUGGUCUUCUCAAGUGAAGUUGGAACUAUCUUGUAACAACUGGUUUUUACUUUUAGUACUGUAAAGUCUCUUUGUAGGGAUUUUACAGUUUGCAGAGUCUUUCUUAUCACUGUGAUCUUAUUCUGAGGGGGGAAAUCUAUCUCAUAGCUAAGAGGGGAACUGACCUUGUAGUGCUGUCCCUGAGAAGAGGGUCACAAUAACCUUCACAGUAUUUUGGUCAGAAAGAUUGUGGUUAUUUACACUGAAUGAGUUGCAUUCUGAUAAUGUCUUCUCCUUAUACAUAGAAUAAAUUUGAAAGACUAUUUGGUCUUAAAACCAAAGUAAUUUUAGAAUGAAUGACAUAUUCCAUAGGAACUUAGUGUAAAUUUCAUGUGUUUAAAAACAUCCCGGGGAAAAUGUGCUUAGAGGCUAAUACUUUGACCACAAAUUUGAGGGUUUUUUCCUGUAGUUACUAUGAUUUUAUUGAAGUAAAUGAAUAAUUUUGAGAGGUUUGUUUUUAUAGUUGAGUUAUAUUACCUGUUUAAUAUUCUCUAGCUCUAUGAUCAGGUACUAGGUUUUCUUGUUUUUGUUUUUGUCUUGGCCUUUUCUAAGCUUACAAGAUCUGCUUUAUGAAAUCCAGGGACCAACGCAUUUUAUCACAAAACUAUUUUUAUAUAAUUUUAAGAAUGUACCAAAAGUUGUUUGAAUUAAAGUUGUAAUACAUGAUUUCUCACUUUCAAAUAAGAUAAUCAACUUUUAGUAAAGAUAACAUCAAAAAUUGAGUCAUACUAUUCUUGCCUAAGUGGAUAAAAUGUACUUUUGAUGAAUCAGGGAAUUUUUUUUUAAAGUUGAAAUUUAGUUCUAAAUUGAGUUUACAUAUUACUGCAGCUAAUUUCUUUUUUGCCUAGGGACAGCUUGAUGAACCCCAAUUAAGUAAUAUUGAAAAUGAAAGUAAUAUUAAAAGAUGAGAUAGGUCAUAACUUCAGAUAAAUUUGGCUGGAGUAAUACUUGUGUCAUUUAGAAACAUAGUCCUUUGUUUAUACAGCCUGUGCUAAAUGUUCACCCUCCAAGAUUUAGCAGGCUAAAAAAUAUCUUCUAGAAAAUCACUUGCCCACAUCAUCUUGUCAGUACCUUGAGGAGUGAGAGUGGGAAAGAAUGACAUAAUGGGGCGUCGACAUCCCUGGUCCUUCCUCCCUAUCUUCAGUUCUCUUUCUUCUAGCCUGCCUUCCUGCUGGCCACUGCUCCCUACCCUUUUGACUGGAGAGUCGCUUUUGAGACCUGGAGUGAGGUGGUUGAUGAAAGUUGUGGAACAUACUUCCAUUUCCUUGAGUCACUGGAUGUGGCAGGGAUGAGUGGAUGAGGCUUAGAAUAUUCCUGCAUUAAUUUUAGCUAAGUAGAGUGACAGCAAGGUGGCAGCUGUGACAGUGGGAGUUGUGCCAGAAACAGUGGCCACUCAUGUCCCUUGUAGGACAGUAAAGCCUGAAGAGCCGAGCCUGUAAUUCUGCUGUAACAAUAGUGCUCAAGAAGUGCCUUGAGUCAGUGAACAGUGCCACACCAUUAAGAAAUCCAGAUUUCACUUCUUACUGUAAAAUUUAAGUGGUCACUUGGCCAAUUUGAAGUCCAUGGGUGAGUUGCUUUUUUUUCCCCCUCAUGUUUGAGAAGUGUCAGAGACUUUUUGUAAAACAAAUGAAAAAGUGCUGAUUAACAUGCACAACAAAAUUAGUAUCCCAUUAGCUAUCAAAAGGUUGUUUUUAUCCAUGUACCGAAGAAUGAUUGUAAAUCAACUGUUUUGUUUCUUGAUUGUCACAGUGUUCUGGCUCCAAAUGGUGGAUACUCCAAAUAAGGUUCUGUUACAGCAAGGCAGAAAAUAUUCAGUUAUUUUGAGAUCCUAAAGAAUAGGAUAACUCCACACAUGUAUUGCACCUUCUGUGUUUUGGAAUGCAAGAAUACUUGUGGGCCCUCUCUCUGGGAAUGCUGGACUCCCUAAGACACCAUGAGGACUGUCAGUACACUAUUUUCAGUCCCAUUAUGCAGUCUUAUUUUUAAAUGGAAACUUUUAAAAAUAUGAUUAAUAACAUUCAACCUGUUACUUAAAAUUUAUGAACUUCAGUGAAUUUGUUUUUAUUUUUAACAAGAUUUGUGAAUUAAAUAUCAUGAACCGUGUUUUGAUAACUCUUUUUUCACGUUGUGCCAAUGGAAUAGGGUGUUUUAUAUUUCUUUAUAUGUCAAGGAGAUGCUUCAAAAUGUCAAUUGCUUUAAACUUAUAUUACCUCUCAAGAGACCAAGGUACAUUUACCUCAUUGUGUAUAUAAUGUUUAAUAUUUGUCAGAGCAUUCUCCAGGUUUGCAGUUUUAUUUCUAUAAAGUAUGGGUAUUAUGUUGCUAAAUUCAAAUGGUACUGUAUUGUUUAUAUUUGUACCCCAAAUAACAUCAUCUGUACUUUUUGUUUUCUGUAUUUUAUUGUAUUUGUGCAGAAUUCUUUUGACUUUAUCAGUGUAGUCUCUGCGCUUUCAGAUAUGUACAGAAAUGUCCAUAUAAAUUUUCAUUUAAGUUGAAUGAUUUUGAAAAGCCUGUAAAGAGGAGAGAAAACAUAAACUGCAUUUCCCCAUAAGUUUUUUAAUAUUGUAUAUUGUAUUUGUAGUAAUAUUCCAAAUGAACUGUAAAUAGAAAAUAGAAGAGUGAAGCUUAAGUCCUAACACUACAGUAGAAAAUGAAAGCAAUGCAAAUAAAUUACUUUUUUUCCCAA